ACUCUGGCUUCACCUGCUGGUUGAGGACAUCUGAAGUGUGCAGGGACAUUGGCUCUAAAAGCAGGUUCCCAGUUUAAUCCAGUGCUGGAGCUGGGAGAGAUAAAGAAGGGCAGGCAUGGAGAAGGAGGACGUCAGCUUGGAUGAUGUGACGUGCUCUCUGUCUCUGCUCAUCAACCUCGGAAGGGUGCUUCUGGAGAAUGGAAAGCAAGAGGCAGAAGCCUCUCUACAGGAUUAUGUUCCCAAUAAAAUCACCACUUUGUUUGGCCUGAUGACUGCUGGUGCAGAUCUCUACAACAGCAUUGGAGUCACCAAAAAGUCUGAAGCAGACGCUGUUUUGCAGAAGUUUUUCCACCAUGAGAGUGUCCGGGAUCGCAUGGAGGACCUACUGAAGUUGGAGACUGAGUGGGAUGAGUUUCUGGAGCGUCUGGAUGUAGACCUGCAGGCCACAGACAGACAGCUGAGCGGAGGGCCCACCGUGGACAGUCUGGGUGCAGACACACCCCUCACCGAUGCCAGGACUGGAGAGAGUGUCUCUCUGGGUAGGUACUUUGGGAAAGGAGAGAACCUGCUGCUGGUUCUGAUACGACACUUUGGAUGACUUCCGUGACGAGACCACCUGGCCCAGAUGGAGACCAAUCAGGAUCUCCUGGAUGCCGGGUCGGUGCGUGUUCUGGUGGUCUCCUUUGGCGCUCAAGAGGGGGCUAAGAUGUGGCUGGAGCAGACAGGCUGCUCCUACGACAUGCUGCUGGACCCUGAGAGAAAGAUCUACAAAGCGUUCGGUUUGGGCUCCUCCUACGCCAAGGUGCUAAAGUUCAACAGUCUGCUGCAGUGUGGAGAGUACCCGGCUGCAAAUCGGGACUUCCCCGAGAUCCCCUUCCAUCUGUUGGGGGACCUCUAUCAGAUGGGGGGCGACUUUGUUCUGGACCAGGGAGGGAAGGUGUUGCGGUCUCAUCCUUGUAUGACCCCCAGAGACAGACCAGUGCUGGGGGACUUGCUGCAGGAUAUUACUGGUACAGGCUCCUCCACCAUCUCUGGAUAAGCCCACAGGCCCAAAUCCUUAGCCCUUGCCUUCACUAACCUAGCCUGGCUGGCCAAUCUCUGACCCAGCCCAACACCCAGCCUAUGUUUAACUUCACCUAGCCCAAUACCCAACCUCUUCCAUACCCUACCCUAACCUUGUCCAGCCACCAGCCGCUAUUAACCUAACCCACCACCAACACCUUCCAGAACCCUACCUCUAGGGCCAAGGGAGUGAUUUGAGGUCCAGGGUCCUUGUAGAUGACACUGACACCACAGAAGAAGAGCAGCCCUCAGUCUCCUGUAGAUGACGACACGCCUCACACUCAUGACGUCAUGAAGAGGCGAGGUCCGAUGAGAACUCCGGAGCUGAGGGCCGACCCGCUCUUCCUGCCGUGGUGUCAGGGUUGUGAUGUCACUUCCUAGAUGACUUCCUGAACGGUAUAGAUGUUCGCUGGGAGUAGACCUGAAGUGUAGAUUUCAAUUAACCCUCUUGUAAUUCAUAUGAUUCAUUAAAAUAUACUGUCUUUAAAUCACGUGAUUUAAGGAUUUGAAGGAAAAUCUUUCUGUAAUGCUAACUGGUCCUAGCCUGGUCCUGACAAGACACUCGUACAUUUCAUUUGUACAGAGGGUCUGGGAUCUCUCCAUUGACAAACGUUAACUUCCUUGAAGGCGGGUCCCCUGUUGAAGUUUAAAACUAUUGGAUCCGCCCAGAGCCACUCGGAUUUGCCAUAACCAAUCGCAAGCGUUCGCCUUAGCCAACUCCUUCACCACUACUGUAACGGAGCUAGCUGCCGUAGCUGGAAAAUCAAACUUUCCCGAACCCCGUGGGGAGGAGGGCCACAACAUCAUGGCCACCAACAAAACUCAGCAAGGAAUGUUCUUGCUCCGGCUUUAACCUAUAUUCGGCAGCGUUGCCACAACCGCAGAAUAGUUUCGCUCGCAUCUUUCUCCGCCGCCAUUACUGAACUACUCAAACAAGGGCACAACAUUAAUCGUGCCCUUGUUUGGACAUCGUUCUCAGCCACUCCCUCUGUUCGCUGAUUGGACCUACAAAAAAUGUGUUUCUCGAAACCGACUUCAGAGCCGAGCUCCCAGACCUAGUACAGAAGCAAAAUCCAAAUUGAGCGGAAGUACGAAGGAGGGCAGAGCCAGGCUAAACUGGUCCCAGUAGCACUUGGUAAAACAGUGUUUUACCUGGUCACUCUUCAAGUUCUGGUUUUAAUAUCCUACCAAGAGAAAUCCCUUUUCCUAUUGACUGCAGUCAGCGUACUCUAGAAAGAUCUUGUGUACUUGUCUAGUGACACAUUGAGAGUGAGGACCACUGUGAACUAGUCUAUUAGUGAUUGUGUAAUAACAAGGUUAUCCAGUAGUAGUAAUGUAACUAUGUUAUGAGAAUGUAAAUCACCACAAAUCUUUAAUAAACUAGACAUACAUGACUGAAAUCA